GUCUCAUCACUGAUCAAAGUCAGAAUACUCUUUGAAUACACAGUGACUCAACGCAUCAACAUGUCGACCGAUAUUAUAACCAGAGGGCAGAUGGAUGAACUCCGCGAGAAGGAGGCUGUUUACCCUUGGCAAGUUAUGGAGGAUAUCAAAGCUAAGAACUGGGACACCAAUUUCGAAUGGAUGGGUGUCCUUUCCGUAGCACCGGCUUGCAUUCAGCUAUUAGCCAUGUGUGCCGCCGUCGCCGCGAGACCUGAAGCUUCGGGAUUGGAGCUGUAUCAUAAUCCGGACUUCCAGUACCUCCGAAAGAACGAAUCUCUUCAAGGAGCCCUGGUUCAAGUUGGUAAUGUUGGUCGAAGUGCAUUUGGAAAUGCUUUCGGGCAUAUGGAAGAUAUUUACCAGAAAUCUAAUGCCGUCGAGAAAUUGGUUGAAACUAUUUUUGAUCAACUCGCCAAGGGGAGUACCAACGUACGUGUAGAACUAGAUACACUUAAGGAUUUGUCUGAAGUUUGCCUCAAAUCUGCUGAAGGGAUGCUCGAGGACUUCGUGAAAUGGGAAGGGAUUGUCAAGGACCUUCAUCAGUCAUGUGAAGACCGAGAUCAGGGAGCCACGCGAGCCCUUCUGGAAAACGAGAAGGAAACCAUUCUCACUAAGGCACGCAAGGAGCAUUACGAGAGAGAGGAGGCCCGGAUGAAGACAGAGCUGGAGAGUAAGAAGGAAGAAGUUGCUGAUUUGAAGAAAAGUCUUGAAAAAGAAAUGGACAAUUUCCCUCGUGGUAUGGAGCUGGCAAAGAUGGACAUCUUCAAAAGUCUCGCUGACAGCGUGACUGGACUUUUCACGGCGGUUGGCAAUGUUGGGUCGGCAUACGCGGCAAUGAAAAGUCCUGCCAACUUUGCCAAUGCCGCCAACGGUAUUCUGGGUGCUGCCAAUCCCUUGAACCAAAAAUCAGCAGGAACAGAUUCAAAAGACACCGAUGAUGAGGAUGAUACCAAGGCCACGAGAGAUAUUGGAGAUGAUAAAGCCAAUCUUCAAGUUGGCUUGAUUAGAAUGGCCCUGCAACAGCUUCAAGGACUUUUGGAAGGCGACAAGGAUGGUAUCAAAUGGCACUUGUUGACUGGCGUAGGAAACAGUGAAAAAGUUGCAGUAGAAGACGGGAACCAGUGGAAUUUGGUGGUUGUGAACGGAAUGCUCACCAUGAGCACCAAAGCCUUGAAUAAAUCAAAGGAUACGAAAAAUUCAAAGACAGGAAAGAAAUUGCUUGAUGCAAUUGAGACGGUGGACCCGGUACUUGAAGACCUCGAAAAACAGGUCAAAAGUGCAAAGACGGUGGGCAAGGAAUGGGAGCAUCCCAAGGACAAGGAAGUUAAGGAGUGGCUUGAGAUGGUGGAAGAAGCUUUGACCGCUGUCCAGAAGAUUGAAGCCGCCAGGAAAGGAUCCAAACAGGCCUCUCGGCCCUCUGUCUCUCCAGUCAGUCUCGCUCUAGCAUCGCCACCUGCCGUAGCUGGACAGAGUGUGAGUCAGCAUGUCGUGUCGGCGCAUCGCUUCCUGGUAGACACCGCUAAAGAGGGAUACCAAACCGCCAGCAGUGCGGUCGAUCAAAUGAAGAAAGAACUUGCAGAACUGCAAUCCAACGUCAGCGAGAUCACAUCCAAGGGGCAGAAUCUCGCCGGAACAAAAUUGACACUGAAAAAUAUUAAGGAAGUCCUGAAAGAUUGCAUAGACUACGUCAUAACGUUGAAGGAUCACAUUACGCGCAUGCUGAUCUUUUUCCGCACGUUCAAAAGCAGAGUAGACACAGUCAUGAUGUCCCAAGUUAAACCAUUCACAGGAAGGGUUCAGAAUAUCAUCGAUGAUCACAACUUGAUGUUCGAUCUCAUCCUUUUGCAAUCAAAUGCAAUUCAAUUAUGGGCCAGUUUUGAACAAUUCAAAGAUGUUGCUGCCAUGUAUAGGCAGAUUUACAAUCCUCAUCUGAUCAAGGGCCUUAAUCUCGUCGAUAGAAUGACCCGAUUACCGAAGGGAUCAGAUUUUGCUACUCAAUUGAAAGAUAUUGAUGAAUGGAAGGAGUCUGUUCAGAGCGAAGUGGACGCAAUUGUUGAGAAGCAAAUAUCCGAAAUCAAGAGGGUUCUGAAUGCGGAUGAAAAGGCGUUGCUCGAGACUAAAUACAAACUCCCAGAGGCUCCCAAGCGGCAGCAACAGGCAAUUCAAGAGGGGGCCGCUGAAGCCAGAAAAAUGAUAGGUUCUAGGAUUGAAGAGGUCAAUCCAGAGCUUAAAUACAUGGGAAAAACUCACCAAGAUCAACCUAUAGAGGAGCUUAAGAAGGAUGUCGCGCAACUCAAAACACCGAGCGAAUAUGCUCGCGCGAUGCGCCGCCCAAAGAGAAAUUGAGGUGCAAAAGACCUGGUUAGGAUUUGGUGGGUAGGGAUAUUGGCUAGCUCGGAGUGAUGAUUGAAUGUAUUUUCACAUUUGGUAUACUUACAGAGUAUACUACGACAUUCCCUUGUUUACACAAGAAACUUAGGUUUCUCCUCAACAUUAUCUUUCCGAGAAAUCAUUGCAGGGUAUUCUAAAUCGCAUUUGUUUGGUCCGUGUGGAUGGAUGACUGUGGUGAUCUGUUAUGUUAAUAUCUACUACUUAUUGUAAUCGUAAAAUCCCCCGCCUCUCA